UAUUUAUGUUACGGCUUUUUGAAAUUAUAGUUCAGUUUGUUUCUGCCAAUUUUCUUGCUAUCAUUCUAAUCGCCAGCGAUAUCAUUAGGAACACUGUCUCCCGCAACCAAUGAGUAGUCCUGCGCGUGUAACAUCACGGUACCAUUACCAUUAUUAGUAGUCCUACGGAAUGUCAUAAUUCUUGCGCCCAAGCUCCUGAAUCGAGCCGUUUCAUAGACCCGAUACUCUCAUCAUCCCAGCGAUGGAGGUCUUUAAAAUGCGACCAAUAAAUGAAGAGGACGAAGAAAAACUGCAGAAUAUCCAACCUUGCGUUUCGUCCGAACUGCUGCCGGAGGACCACCUGAUCACGUUGAAGACCAUGGGAUACCAGCCACUGCUCCUGAUUGACAACUUCGAUAAAAUGUUGGCUGGCCUAGCCGAGCUGGAAGUAUCCGAAGACGUCGUCUACCUCGGCCUCCUGUCGGUCCCGAAAGGCAUUCACGUCUGGAACGACAUCUCUGAGCUCUGCAGACUCUGCGUGGAGAGGCGCCCUAGUUACAACAUGUUCAUACGAAUCAUCGAAGAAAUGAACCAGACGGGAUAUUUUGCCAGCAGCUUUCCCAUAAGGAGCGAAGUCACCUUACAGCAGGCCGUGGCGCAGAGAAUUGAAGCGAACAGGCUGGUGGUCCGCGUACCAGGAGUGGCUGUGGUCGACCUGACGCAAGACCACCUGCGAGACGUCGUCGCCUAUGACGAAGUGAUCAUGAGUUAUAAGCGCUUUAAUUACAUCAAUACUCUGACUCGUGACUCCAGGACACUGACAAAGUUGGCUUUUGAGCAGAACGCCAUCUGCGGGUUUGUGAUCCUACAGCAGCUAGCAGACGGGCGUGCCCUUGCGGAACACCUGGUUGCCGACGAUAGGCACGUUGCGAAGCUCUUGCUGAAGAAGGCCAUGGACGAGUUCCCUCCCGCGAAGAUGGGCAUUAUCCUCGUCAUACCCCGCCGGCCACGGGAAGAAUCAGUCAACUUCGCCGAUGACUUGCAGGUUACGGUAGAGAGGCGCUCAAGUCUGGCCUAUUCUCGCUAUUCCGUGCGCUACAGAUACCAGAAGAUAUUUUCUAUAGCUGAAUUUGUUUGAUGCUUUAUCUACAAAGAAGUUUGAUGAAUGAAAUGACGUUCCUCCUCUUG